AUGGAUGACAAGGGAAAAGCCCUCGAAUGCUCGCGGUGUCCAAAGGGAUAUUCCUGCGAAAAGGACCUUUGUUGUGCGUCGAAAGAAAAGGCUUGCGAUGUGGAGUACGACUCCGGGAAGUAUAUGACGGGCCGGGCUCACAUUCCAAAAUACUUCCACAGCAAACAGCUCGGCACGUGUAUCCUGUUCACCUAUUACGGAUCGAUGGGAAAUGCCAACAACUUUGACACAUUCCACCAGUGCGAACAGUUCUGUGCGAAA